ACACGACCUUGAUUUGUGUUCCUUUACUUUCCAUUAUAAAUGUUGUUUAGUAGAAAUCCGGUUUGUUUGCUACGAAAACUUCGGCUUAUCCCCAUUUCAAGUACCGGAGUGAAUUUACUCGCUUAUAUUCACAGCAAUUUUGGCGCAUUGAAGACACAUUCCACUAUGGUUAGCUUACAUGGAAGACCUCUUCACUAUGUAUUUAAAAUCCCAGAUCGUGACAGGACUAUGGACUUUUACCGGAAGGUUUUGGGCAUGAAGGUGUUCAGGCAUGAGGAGUUCAGUGAGGGCUGUGAAGCACAAUGCAAUGGCGAAUAUGCUGGUCGUUGGAGUAAAACAAUGAUUGGAUAUGGCAACGAGGACGAUAACUUUGUGAUUGAACUCACUUACAACUACGGUAUUCACUCAUAUGAUCGAGGAAACGAUUUUUUGGGAAUCACAAUUCAGGACGGGGAAAUUCUGAAAAGAGCUCGCGAAUUUAAGUGGCCGAUUGCCGAUGGAAAUAUUUUGGAAGCUCCUGGUGGCUACAAAUAUUAUAUUGUGGACAAAGACCAGCCAUCCGAUAGAGAUCCCGUCUUAAACGUUAUGUUGGCAUCUUCAAGCCUCGAGAAAUCCGUAAACUAUUGGAACGGAAUUCUUGGUUUAACUAUCUAUGAAAAGACCGACAAAUCUGCCACGUUCGGAUUUGAGAAAAAAGCCACCAAAAUUCAGCUGAAAGAUAUCGGUGGCCCAGUGGACAGGCGUAAGGCAUAUGGACGAAUCGCAUUUUCUAUUCCCUAUGCAGAACAGGAACCAGUCUCUGACAUUAUUACCAAGAACAAACAAACGAUUUUAAAUCCUCUUAUGCUGCUUCCCACUCCGGGAAAACAAACCGUUCGAGUUAUUAUCCUGGCAGAUCCAGAUGGGCACGAAAUUUGCUUCGUCGAGGACGAAGGAUACAGAAAGUUGUCACUGCCCGACUUUGCAAGUGAAAAGGUCCUGGAUCUUCAAAUAAAGAAAGAUAAAUCCUAAAAUAUUCCAUCACUGGGGUGUACUUACUUAUAUUACAUAGUAAUUUUAUAAUGUUUUUUAAUUAUUAUCACUUUUUUGAGUUACGAUUAAAAGCGUAUACACAUUGCUUUUUGUUCAUUAUUUUUGGAAAAGGGCAAAGUUGUAAAUUACAAAUACAAUUCAACUCAAUAUAUAUUUACAAAAUCUAA